GAUCAAGAAAUGUCAUUUUAUUCUCUUUUCUUUCACAUAAUCAGUAGGUAUUCUGAGUGUACUUGGUGGAGGUAACCUCAUACAUGAAGAACCAGGCAGGAAAGAACACGCUAGUGGCCACAGCGGCAUAGUCGGAUGAGGGAAGUUGUCUGCAUGCGCCAGGCUGGUAUAGCUUCACGUGACCUCCAGUUUCAUUUUGCUGGAAAAGGAUAUUCCACCAUUCUGCCCUGAGUUUUCAUCUGCUGCUUUGGACCUUCCUGCUGGGUUUCAGGCAGAGGCUGUGAUGGCAUCAGGAAGGUUGGCCAGAAUGAUCAUGUAGAAAAGUAGAUCAUGUAGAAAAGUAAUCUCUGGAUGAGAAAGAUGGCAGCUGAGACAAAAGGAGUCUCUUGGAAGAAAAGUGGAAUAUUCUGAAACAAAAUAUCUAUGUGAACAACUUUCCAAGAACAAAAAUAUAAAGAACCUCUUCACCAGAAUGAGAAUGUUUCUUAAAUAUCAUUGCUGCAAUAAAUCUAUUUGGAGAUGACAAUGUUAUAAGCACCUUGAGAGGUUUAUAAGGAGCUCUCAUCAGAUUUUAACCACGGCAGUUUUUAAGUCUUUUGUUACUUGCAGAGUUGCUGUUUUACUCUGCUGUCUUGGCCAAAUGCAUUCCUGCCAAAGUGCUUCAUCUUCCAGGAGAUUCGUGGAAAAGGCUUUGACAAGUACAGGUUUCUGGACUUUGCUGGAGCUUCUGCGAGGAAAAAGAUGGGCAGGGAAUCCACAGAAAAUUCAAGGCCCAGGCGCUGCCAUGAGGUUUUGGGUUUCACCUGGUCCGCUUGGUCACCUGUGCUUCCUCGCCCGCCCACCACAUGGCAUCCCCGGGAUCACUGUGCUGCUGCUGUCCCUGCUGCCAUUCUGGGCAGGGGCCCACUGCCCUUGUCAGGACCCAGCGUUGUGCCAACCCAUCACCCAGCACCCUGAUUUCGAGGUGUUUGUUUUUGAUGUUGGAAAUAAAACUUGGAAAUUUUAUGAUUGGUCCCAGAUUACAACUGUGGUGAUUUUUGGAAAAUAUGACCCAGAACUUAUGUGUUAUGCUCAUUCACAUGGAGCCAGAGUAGUGCUAAAAGGUAACCUUUGAUGUGACUUGGUCUCCAAAGUACAAAGAUAGGUGCUA